CUGGCCCAGGAAUGGCCUCACGUGCGUCACGUACUGGAACUAGCCAUCAACUGUACAUCAGGGACUUACGAUGCUUUCCUAAAGGUCAUUUACUACAGAGAUCUAAGCAUAAUGAUUGAACUAUCCUUUUGCCAAUGAUAAAAUAAUACUCUGUGAUCUAUGAAAUAUAUAUUAAAUUUUUUUUAUGUUAGUGAUAAAAUAGUAUAAAAUCCUUUUCUUUGGUUUAAUACUUUAUUGCCUAAGUGAUAACACAGUAACAACGAUAAGUUUGGUUCGAGAACUUGGGCUCUUGUGAGGAAAUUAUUUUUCUCGGCAUUAGAAGUUGCUUCGAUCAUAAUAUGGAGAUUGCACAAGUCACUUGGAGCUUGGUUUUGAAAAAGAGAAAAGAAAUAAAGUAUUUUAGUAUUUUUUAGUCCUCAAUCAACAAAUCUAAACUAUUGCAAUAUAAUAUCAUUCGUCUUUCAGGUUGCUAUACAUGGAAGGCGUCUUGUUAUGUACUGUUUUCCCAAUGAAUGUAAAGACUUCUACAAGGCACUGUUAAUUAAUGCCAAAGAGUAUGGCAGUCCACAGCAACAAGCAGUUCUAGAGGCAUGUCUGGGGCAUAUCACAGCCUCUGGCACCGGUAAGCUUAUAGGACAUACAACAUCACAGGACCUAGUUUCAUCUUACAGGAUUAAAUGUAUGUGACAAGAUGUGACACGUGUGACAAGAUGCGACGAAAAUAUGACAAGCCGCUAAUGGAAAUAAUGAUUUUUUCCUUUCUUUUCUUUUUGUUUGCUGAGAUUUCCAUGUUUUAUUUAAUUUCAAAAAAAGGAAUAGACUGGAAGCUGUCAGAGAAGUACCUGGACUCUGCCAUCGAGACUUUGAAACAAGUUGGUCCAGUUCAUUAUUACAAGUGGGCACUUGCAAGAAAAGCCAACGUUCUGCAAAGACAAGGAAACAACCAAGAAUCCAUGAAGUAAAUUUUAAUCUUUUUGAAAGUUUAAAUUUUCCAUUGAUAAUGAACAGGAGAGAUUCAUCUGGAAACAUUUUGAAUAUGUUUAUAUUAAUUAAUCUUUGUCAAAUAUAUUUCAAAGAGAGAUAUUAUUUAAGAUAAUAGCAUUCCACCUACAGAAUAAGUUCUUCAAACUCUCUUAAAAUCCUGUAUCUGCUUACACAAUUGUAUGAGUUUAAUUUACACCACAACAUCCACGAUCGCGUCCUACAGAUUUAUGAUUGUAUUAAUGUUUACAAGUUAUAGCCCUCCAAACAUUGGUGACGGAAAUGCGUGAACUUCCCGUCUACUAAAGUUACUUGACAAAACAUAAACUCAAGUAAUGCUUAUUUAAGAAUCUCAAUUUUUGCUAUCCCCUUCCGACAUGACACGUCACUGCACAAUUUUUAUUUCACGCCCAUGAAUUAUAUUAAUAUUCUCAUGUCCCAUCAACUUUUAAACCGAAUGUUUAUGACGCCAUACUUAAAUUGGGACGAUUUGAUUUUCCGAAGAAAUAAAAAUCAAUUAGCGUGAUUAUCGGAUAUUAAAUUUUGCACUCUAUUGAAUUAACUAUCAAACCAUACUUUUAUGAAACAUAAAAAAAUUAUUUGCAAUAUAAUACAUUUUAUUAAUUAUUUUACAAACCAAUGAUUCAUGUAGCAAACGUCGCUUAUCAAAUAAAGGACUCCAUCACUGCUGCUCCUGCUAAAACAUAACAACAUGAACAACGCCAUACCCAAGUAUACGUCACAAAAUACAAAGCUAAUAUCAAAAGAUACGAAAACAAUCCAAUUAAGAAAUUCUCUGAGUAGGAAGCAGCCAGCUUUUUUGGAACUAGCCGGAAAUGGAAGCAGUCUACCAGAAGCGUGAUAAAUAUAAAAGAUGUUACAAUUUUUAAAUGUCUUAACAAGGACUCAAAUUUAGGCCAUCCAUAUCAUAUUUUAAAUUAAUUAAGCUACUCACCUUUACAAAAGACCUUUUAAAAAAUCACUCCAGAUAAGCAAUCGAUGUUAACAUUUAUUUUAUUUUCUCUCUAUUAAGACCUUUACAGAGAGGUGGCUAUAGCGUACAUUUACUGUAUGUUUAAAGAGAGAAAGUUACAAUACUCAUUACUCUUUUUUUUUUCGUCCAGGUAUUUCAUGAAAAUUAAGGAAGUCACUAACUAUGACAUACCCGGAGAGAUUGAUGGAAUUCUUAAACUUUCGGAACAGCAAGAAGAACAGGACGAAAUAACAACUGAAAUUCUUGAAGCUGUUCCAAUAAUAUUUUUGGGUUUGUCAAAAUAAAUAAAUAAAUAAAAAUAAAAAAACCACACACAUGCAUUAUUUUACGCACAUUUUGCUAUGGUUGUUCACAUUUUUAUACAUUUUCUGAAAUAUAUGCUUAAUUCCUAUAAUUUUAUACCUAAAUUCUCAAAGUUAUAACUAAGACAUACAUACUACUGUUUUUUUUUUUUUUAGUGAUUAAUGCAUUUUUAUAGGGAAAGGAACAGCAUAGUCUGAAGAAAUCAUCCUAUUUCUAAGAAAUACACUUUGAAAGCAUGGAGAGUCGUUACAAUGCUAAUUCAUUAAAAUUUUAAUUAAUUUUGAAAAUAAGUUAAAGAUUAUAAUUUGUUACUUUGUUAAAGAUGAUGUUUUAAUAUUUAAAUAUAGCUUAAAUUAGUAUGAUUUCAUUUAAAAAAAAAUUUGUUAAGCUUUUUAGUUUAAUUUGAACAUAACUAACUUUGUCUUAAUCUCAUUACCAUAGUGUUAUAUUUUUUUAUAUUUUUUUUGCGUUUCAUUGGUAUUCAUGCAACACAGGAGACAAUGAAAGAGCCAGGGAGAAACUUCACAUUUUGUUAGAUGAGAUGGAUUCAAGAUGUCCCAAUCACCCAGAGUUGUCCAUUCUGCUUAACAACAUUGGUCUAACAAUCGAAAGAGGUGAGGCUUAGUGCUAACAGUUGAGACAAUUUGAAAGACAUAGUCGGUCUACUAAUAUUUUAUCAUCGAUAGUUUAUCAUAGCUAGAAAGGGUUUGAUAUUUUAUCAUUUGCUAGGAUGGGUUAGACAUUUUAUCAUAGUUUUGAUGAGUUAAAAAAAUGUAUCAUAAAUAGGAUGUAUUAGAUAUUUUAUAAUAGUUAGAAUGGGUGAGAUAUUUUGUAAUUGUUAUGAUGGCUUAGCUAUGUUUAUCAAAGUUGGGAUGGGUUACAUAUUUUAUCAUAGCGUGGAUGGUCCGAUAUUUGAUAGUUGUAAGGAUGCGGUAAAUAGUUUAGCUUAUUUAUGAUGGAUGAGAUAUUUAAGCAUAAGUCGGAUGAAUUCGAUGUUUUAUCAUAGUGAGCAUUGGUUAUACAUUUUGUCGUAUUUAGGAUGGUUUGCAUGUUUUAUUCCCAGUUAGGAUAUGUUAGAUAUUUGAUAGUUGUAAGGAGGGUUAGAUCAAAUGUUAUUGAAUAUGAAUCCUUGAUUAGAUGUCAAUAGUCCCCCCCCCCAAAAAAAACAAAAAAAAAAAAAAAAAAAAAAAAAAAAAAAAAAAAAACAAAAAAAAAAAAAAAAAACAAAAAAAAAAAAAAAAAAAAACAACAACAACAACAAAACCGUAAAACAAAUAGAUGAUAUCCAGUAACAAUUGAUUAGUACGAUGCCCAACCAACUGCUGUCUAAAACAUUGCUAAAAUAUUCUCUUGUCGUCUCUAAUGAGUUUCUCAUAAAUAACAUUUAAUAGGCAACAAAGAUUUGAAAGGUGCACUUGAGUGGUAUCAAAAAGCUUACAUACAGAGAAGUUACCUUGAAAAGAUCUGCCCCCAAGACAUGGUGGUUCCACUGAACAAUAUAGGAAUGUGCUACGGUAGACUUAAUCAGUUGGGUAAGCUGUGAACAAUCAAAGUGUUGAAUGGUGUGUCUUUAAAAAAAAAAAUCCUUUAUAUUAGUUUCGUUCGUGGGUGGAUGGCUGGCUGGCAAAAUCUUCAGACGGCUAUUUGACCCACUUUCUGUUAAGCUAUCGAGCUGAAUGAAAAUUGGCACGAAGACUUGUUGCCGAUGACAACAUAUUCUUUCAAAGUUUCAGCCCCAACAACAAAAAAUCUGGAUUUCCUGUUUUACAUGGGCAACACGAAGAAAAAUUCCCUAUAACUGUGCUAAUAUGGGAUUCUUUUAAAAAAAACUUCACUAGUGAGAUUGGAGAAUACUAUUUUCUUUUUUUUUUUCUGCAAUAGCUGGUUCACUGAUUGGGAUUCUUAUGAAGUGCGUUACUAGUAUCUAUUUUUUGUAAAUAUUUUACCCCUCACCCUCCCAUUGCCCAUAUUACAUUUUAGAAAUGUUUCUAACGAACAACUUUGUUUUUAGGGGUCGUUUUUAUUUUUCCUGGCUAAUGUUCACUAACUGCUAAUUAAACUAUGUCCAUUAACAUUAAAAUUGUCCCUUAAUUUUGGGUCUAAUCUAAUUAUAUUUGAUUGAUUCAAACAGCAAAACAUUCUCGUAGAACUUAAGCAGUCAUUUUGGUACUAUUUUAAUAUAAUAAAUAUUUUGAAAUACUUUUUGCUUAGUGAAAAUGCACCUCAUCAAAAUGGCAAAUUCAAAAAAAUUAUUUUCAUGGUGUGAUGCACCUUGUCGACCAUGGUGCAUUAAAGAAAAAAAUGUACGAUAAAAAUGCUAAUUAAAAAAAACAAAAAAAACAUUUAUUUUCAAUGACCAGAUCGUGGCAAAAGAUACCUGGAAAAAGCACUUGAAAUUCAGCGAGAGCGAGCAGGUGUUCACUACUAUACGGCCUUGACAUUGGCUCACAUAGCUGAACUGAGUAUCAAACAGUGAGAAAAUGUUUGUUAGCGUAAUGUGCCCUUAAAUAGUCUUAAGUCGCACGGAAAUAAAUGUAUACAAUAUUAUACAACUUGAGUUAUUUCUAUUAAAUUUGUCACCUAAUAUAAUUUAUAUAUUUAUAUAUUUGAGAAGAGUGAAAAUAUUUAAGAUAAUGUCACUUACUCAAAAAAAUGUUUUUUUUCAAAAAUAAAACUAGUUAAACAAAUAGUAAAAACAACAUAUAAACCUAACCAAAACCCUUGUCGAAAAUCAAUAUUUAUGAAUGAUUAUUAGAGGUUAAAGAGGCAAUUUGGAAUAUUAAAAAAAAAUAUUUAAAAAAACUAAUUCAGUGAGAUUAGCAAAAAUAGAUGGUUUGCUGUGCAGUCUACACUUGGAAGAAUAUGUAACUAUUUGAAAAUAUUUAUUUUCCACAUUAUAUAUUAAUUCUGAUUUUUUUAAAACUUUUGUCCAGGAAAAACUUUUUGGAAGCUUAUGAAAAAGCCUUAGAAGCUGAAGAAAUACUGGAAAAGAUUGCCAAACAACAUGACUUUCGGCUUCGUGUGCUGAAUUCCUUGGUCCAUUACAGAAUAAUUAUCAGACAAUUAAAUCUGACGACAGCUGAAACGACAACGGCGCGCUUUGUGAAGUCUGCUGAAGAUUUUGUUGAUUACAUGUUAAAACUUGGAAGCAGUAUACAAUUGACUGAUGAUGGCCACCAUGAUAUGUUGACAGCAUACGAACAUGCAAUGAUUUUAAAUUGGGGGAACUCUCAAGAAAAAUUUCAGAAGUACAAAAAUGAAUAUUUGGUAUUUGUUUUAGAAAACGAUGGGGUUCGAGAUUUGAUGUUUUCUGAAAAUGAUGAACUUGCUUUGGUUGCCAAACACAAAAGUCUUUACUUUUACAUCCGAGAUACAGAAUAUGAAGAUCAUGAUCUGGAAACAUUCAUCAGUUAUAUGACACAUGCAUGUGCACAUUGUCAAGAGGUCAAGCAGGUUUAUAGUGCAAACAUGUGG